AUGGCAACGGCAACUUCUCCAACUUCUCCUACGGAAACGAAAAGAAAUAUUGUAAUUAUUGGUGGUGGAAUUAUUGGUUGUACAUCUGCCUAUUACCUCACUCGCCACCCCUCAUAUAACCCCUCUACAACAAAAAUUACCAUCAUCGAAGCUCAAUCCAUCGCAUCAGCAGCUUCCGGAAAAGCAGGUGGAUUGCUUGCAUUAUGGGCACGCCCAGCAGCAAUUGUACCACUUUCAUACAAACUUCAUGCCGAACUGGCAAAAGAACAUGAUGGGGCAAAAAGAUGGGGUUAUCGUCAAUUGCAUUGUGGUUCCAUAGGAGCCAAGGCACGACUUAUCUCGGAAGCCGAUCCUAAAGAACCAACUGAAAAUGAAGGAGAAGCUUGGAAAAAGUUACCCAAAACCGAUAUGAAGAAACAAAAGAAAUAUCAGGGAGAUGAUAUUCCAACGACUUUAGAUUGGUUCGAAAAUGAUAAUCUAAAAUGGUAUUCGGAAAUGGGAACUCCAGAGACCACAGCACAAGUACAUCCAUAUCAAUUCACAACUUCCAUGGCAGAUUUGGCGGUGGAAAAGGGAGUCGAAAUUAUUUAUGGUUCGGUUACCGCAAUUGAUUACACGGGGAAUCAUGUAAAGGGUGUUACUUAUGAAGACAAGGAGACGAAACAUAUUCACAUGUUACCUGCGAAUGAUGUCAUAUUAUCUGCGGGUCCUUGGACCAGUCAUGUAUGGCCAGAAGCACCAAUUACUUCACAAAGAGCGCAUAGUGUUGUGAUUGAAGCAGAAGUAUCUCCUUGGGCAGUCUUUACAGAAAUCGAUUUACCAAAGGGAUUUGGAAGAAAAAGUGAAGAUGGAGCAAAGAAGAGAAAACAUGAUAAGAUGGUCAAUCCAGAGAUGUAUGCUAGACCUGAUGGAACAGUAUAUGCUUGCGGUGAAGGAGAUGAGAGAAUUCCUCUCCCUAAAUCUUCAAAUUUAGUCGUAUGCGAUGAAUCUAGUUGUGAUGAUAUUCUAGAUUACGUAGGAUCUAUAUCCGAUCCUUUGCGAAAAGGAAAAGUCCUAGCCAGACAAGCAUGUUAUCUACCAUUAGCUAGUAGUGGUGGCGGUCCUCUCAUUGGACAUACGGGUAUCCGAGGACUUUUUCUCGCAGCAGGACAUACAUGUUGGGGUAUUCAAAAUAGUUGUGCAACUGGAAAAUUGAUGAGUGAAUUUGUAUUUGAAGGGGAAGCAAAGAGUGCAGACAUUCACAGUUUGGAUCCAAGAAAGUUUUUGGGUAAUGAAGAUUAA